AUGAAUUUUGAACAAAUUUUGCAUAUUUGCAAAGAGAAACUUCUAAUCAAUGAUGGUGGUGUUGUACAAGUUAAUUCAAAGUUUUAUGAAUAUAACUUCAUUACACUGGCAGAAUCAAUAAUUGAUCUUAGCAAUAUUGCAGAG